UCUUGUAAAAUCAUCAGUUUAACACGAGCAGUUCAAUCAAACACUUCUCAGAGUUUGAAAACACCAAGUUCAACAUGGUUAAGCAACUUUUCAUCUUCGCCGCCAUCUUGGUAGUUGCCCUAGGGUACCCAACUAAUAUCCAAUCGGAAGAUUUGGCCAUUGUAUUGGAUCCCACUAGUGGACAACAGUAUUACCUGGAACCAAUUGAAGAUCAAGAACAACAAGAAUCCAUUCUGGUCCGUAGCCGAAGACAAACAACGUCUGGUGGAAUCGACAACAAAGGUUUUGACAUUUCUCACACCGGUAAAAUUUUCGAGAACAACGCCCAUCGUGUGGACGGAACUGGUACCAUCAGCAAACAAUUCGGUGGACCUUUGUCAACCGGUGGUGGUUUAGACUAUUUGCACAAACGUACCAACAGUGGUGCUUCUGUCUCUGCCACUCAUACACCAGGAUGGGGCACUGAUGUGGGUGCACAAGCCAGGUACAAUUUUUUCAACUCUCGUGAUGGUCGCACCACUGGAUCUGUUUCCGGAAACUACGAUCGUCACUUUGGUGGACCCUUGGGAACCGGCAGGCCCAACUACGGAGCUUUCCUCAACUUCAACCAUCGUUUUUAGAUUUUAAAAAUCAAAAACACCAAAAUUUAAAAAAGCUUUAAUACCAUAAUCAAAAAUUCUCAAUUUCAUAAUGCCAUAAAUAAACAUUUACGCUUAUUAUAUUAUAAAUGUUAUGUCAAAAAAUUGCUUAAUGUCAAAUAUAAAAUCAUGAAUUAUAUACGCAAAUUAAAAA